CUCAGUUUUUGGCAAUGAAGAAAACAAAAAUCAACUUAAAGUCCAACCCAAAAUCAAAUAAUCUUAAAAUUAUAACUUGCUAAAGAUAUAUAUGAGACUAUUUUUCUUGACAGGUUGGUAAAAAUGUCAUUUUCGUAUAAUAAGUUGGCAAAAACUAUUAUUAGGAUGAGACAGAAACAAAGGAAAACUUAACAUGUUUAUGAUUCAAAGGAUGGCCAUAGUUUACGGCCUCAACACAGCUCAUCUCCCAGAUUCUCCUCCGCCAACAACCCAAAACUCGAAACACACCGCCAAUUUCACAGUUUGCAAAGCCAGCAGAGACUUUGCCACCCUUCCUAAACACCCAAAACCCUCCAAAACCUUCCCCAUUUCUGUAACUUUUCCAUCCUUUUCAACACUUUUGUCUUUUUUCCGUCUUUUCUUUGGUGUUACGUUUGCAUGCGCUCUGCCUCAUCUUCAUGAAAGACAAAGGAAACAAAGAAAGAAGAUGAUGAAACAACAUGCAAAACAAUAAAAACUAGCCAUAGAAACCAAGAUUAGCCGUUCCCUUCUUCGAUUUGUUCAACAUUUAACGUAAAAAUAAGGGUAUUAGAAAACAUCAUUACCAUCUAUUUUCACAUCAACAUAAAUUCAUAAAGUUGCUGAUGGGCGCGCAUGCAUCUGCUUCGCCUGUGCGCCCACCACCUUCAACCUCGUGUUUCCUCGUCUUCCUUAUUAUAUCUCUUCUGGCAAUAACACAUAUAGGAACACCUGUAUCAGGUGUCACGGAGGCCGAGGCUCUGCUAAAGUUUAAGUCAUCCCUUACAAAUCAGGAGGCUAUUCCUAAUUGGGACCCUUCUACUACUCCGUGCUCAAAUGGUGGUACCUCUAAAUGGGUUGGUGUCAUAUGUGAAUAUGGAAAAGUCUGGGGUUUACAGCUACAAAAUAUGGGUUUAGGAGGCACCCCUGAUAUAGAUGCUCUCUAUCAAUUGUCCGAACUGAGGACCUUGAGCUUCAAGAACAACAAGCUUGAAGGCCCUAUUCCAGAUCUUCAUCGCCUACCAAAAUUGAGAUCGCUUUUUCUCACUAAUAAUAAAUUUUCUGGUGAAAUUCCUGAAUAUGUCUUUGCUGGAAUGGAUUCCUUGAGGAGAGUGGUCCUGACAAACAAUGCCUUCACCGGCAAGAUACCAUCAUCUCUCGCAACACUGCCCAUCCUGGUUGAGCUGAAAUUAGACCGCAACCAAUUCCAAGGGAACAUCCCGGACUUUCAACAAAAAAACUUGCCAAGCAUCAAUGUGGCGAACAAUCAAUUGGAGGGUCCUCUUCCGGCAAGACUCACAAAACUCGAUGCAAAGCUCUAUUCAGGAAAUAAAGGACUGUGUGGAGCCCCCCUUGAGCCAUGCGCUAGUGAGACAGCAGCCAGCGCUCCAACUCCAAUAACUAAACACAAGUCAUCAAGUAAAACCGCCAUUAUUGUGGUAGACAUACUGCUUGGACUAGUGAUCUUGAUAGUGGUAAUCUUAUUAGUCUGUCAAAAGAAACGCAGGGCCAAGUUCAUGAAACAGAACACUUUAGCAUCUCAAGAUGGGAACCAAUUUGUAGAGACAUACGUGCCACCAAGCGAACAGCGCACAAUGACCACAAGAAAGCGGUCGGACCCAGAGAAGUUGGAUUUUGUGAGAGAUGACAGGAAAAAUUUUGACCUCUCAGACCUGUUGACUGCAUCGGCAGAGGUGUUGGAGAGCGGAAACUUCGAGUCUUCCUACAAGGUGGAGAUAAUUGCAGGUGAGCUACUGGUGGUGAAGAGAUUUAGGCAGAUGAGCAAAGUGGGAAGGGAGGACUUCCAUGAGCAUUCUAGGAUAAUGGGAAAGUUAAGACAUCCCAAUGUGCUAGCUUUAGUUGCUUAUUACUACAGGAAAGAAGAGAAGCUUCUAAUCUUUGACUUUGUUGACAACGGAAGUUUGGCUAGUCAUCUUCAUGGCAACCGCAGUCAGAAAGAUAGAGGGUUUGAUUGGCCAAUGCGGUUAAAGAUAAUCAAAGGAGUAGCAAGGGGGUUAGCUUACCUUUACAGCGAGCUCCCAAGCUAUAUUGUGCCCCAUGGCUAUCUCAAAUCAUCAAAUGUGCUUCUCAAUGAUUCAUAUGAACCUCUUCUCAUGAACUAUGCCCUCCAACCUUUAAUCAACCCAGAGCAUGCUAAGCAGCUCAUGGUUGCCUACAAGUCUCCUGAAUAUGCUCAACUAGGCCGUCUUACAAGGAAGACAGAUGUUUGGAGCCUCGGGAUUCUCAUACUGGAAGUACUAACUGGGAAAUUCCCAACCAACUUCCUUGCUGUUGGAACUGUCAAGGGUGAAAAUCUAGUAGCCUGGGUACAUGAUAUAGCAAGUGCAGAGGAGAAAGGAGAAGAUGUUUUUGAUAAAGAGAUGGGAGGAACCCAUCACAGCCAGGACGAAAUAAAAAAACUUUUGAAGGUUGGUUUUAGUUGUUGCCAUGAAAAUUUAGACGUAAGAUGGAGCAUAAAAGAGGCUGUUGAGAAAAUUGAAGAAAUCAAAGAGACAAACAAGCUCAAUUAAGAACUUCCUGAGGAUAUAAUUUAGCUAUCACAUAAAUUAGAGGAUUCAAACUUUGCACAUCAUUAAAGAUUUUUAGGCAUUUUCGUCAAAACUUAGACAUUCUGUAAAACUUUGUUGUCUUUAUACUCUCUUGCACUUGUUUGCUUCCUUUCUUUUCUCUUCAACUCAUCUUUUUAAUUCCACCAAGAAUGUUUCGUCUUACAACCCUUUCCCUUUUUACUUGGUAUUUGCAACAGGUAUUUCACUGGGCCUGUUGCAAUAAGGGGGUUAAAAACGGCUUUUCUUCCACGAGUGAUAUUAAUAUAAUCUUAAUUAAGUUA